CUAACUCUCCUUAACUCUCUCCUCUCAUUCAUUUGCGCGGACACAAUAGCCUAGCCGCCGUGAGAGUCUCACUGCUUCCCUCUUUCAACUCUCCCCUCGCGCCGGCUCUGUCAUACACCAGCUCUAUUUGCACGCAACAGAUUAACAUGUACGCAUGGUACAGAACAUUAUGCUGAGCUAGUUUGGCAUGUUAUUUGAUUCUUUUGGUACAGAACAAGCAAAUAUGAGUCGAGGAAGUGCAGCAGCUCCCAAGGGGAAGAAGAAGGGAGCAACAUUUACAAUUGACUGCGGUAAGCCAGUGGAGGACAAGAUCAUGGAUAUUGCAUCUCUUGAGAAGUUUCUUCAGGAGAGGAUUAAGGUCGGUGGCAAGGCCGGUGCCCUCGGUGACUCAGUCACUGUUACCCGUGAGAAGAGCAAGAUUACUGUUACAUCUGACAGUAAUUUCUCCAAGAGGUAUUUGAAAUACUUGACUAAGAAGUAUUUGAAAAAGCACAAUGUUCGUGAUUGGCUCCGUGUGAUCUCAUCCAACAAGGAUCGUAAUGUUUAUGAACUGAGGUACUUCAACAUUGCCGAGAACGAGGGUGAGGAGGAAGAUUAAACCUCUGUAAUAUUUAAUUUGUCAGAACUUAAUAUUCUUGUUGCCAGAAUUUCCUUUUGAUGUUUUUACUGAAAACCAAUUAUUCUUCACAAUUUUGUUUAUUGAAGCUAGAGAUUUUGAAAUAUUUCUGCUGUUUUAUGAGAAUAUAUUAGCAUGUUUGGAUCU